UCAUAGUACAAGUAAUACACUGACAUCAGAUAAUGAAGAUGGUAUAAUGAAGGAUGUGAUAAUGUUGACUGAUUUGUUAGAGAAAGUACUUACAACAUACAAUAAAGCGUCAUCUAAUAAAAAGAAUGAAAGUAUCACCAAAUUACUUUCUGAAAGUUUGAAAGGAAUGAUGGAAGAUAUUCAAAAAUGUAUUGGUAUAGAGGAUAAUAAGCAACAACCUAAAGUACCAGAAAUUGUUGAGCCAAUUAACAGUAAUAAUAUUGAUCAUGAUGAUGAAGGUGAUGUAGAAUCAAACGUUUCUUAUACGACAGCAUUAACGACACAUGGGGUUCAAUAUUCGCCUCCAAUCAAUAAUACUAAUAAUUUAAGUAAUGAUUCAAAUAAACAACAAGAACAAUUAUCUGAAGAUAAUACACAAAAUUUAUUAGAAAAAUAUUCUGAUUUAUUGGUUAAAAUGGUCGAAGACAAAAUAACAAAAAUUAAUACUCCACCACCAUCAAAUAGUAUUCCCAAUGGUAAUACACCAUUAGUAACUUCACCUGUUCUUUCCAAUGGAACUAAUAGCACUACUAAUAGACCUUCUAAAAGUAGAAGUUUUGGUGGUGUAAUACCUGUGGGUAUUGGCAGGUCCAAAACCUCGAAGUCAACCAGAUAAUUAUAAU